CCGCAGAGUGGGGAAGAGUCCGCGUGGCGACGUAAACCAGGGAAAUGUGAGCAAUACACACCUCGGAGAAAGUCUGCAUACAGAAGGGCUUCCUGUAGUUGGACCAACAAAUUCCUUCUGAACUGACCAGGGAAAUGGUUGAAGCUUUCCAUUGGAUGCUCCUGACUUGACUCUGUUUGAUUCACCACACAGGUGAGCGAGUGCCACUUGAGCCUUUAUUUAAUCUGUUCAUGGCCAGCCAAGCCUGGCUGGAGUCUUCCCUGCAGCGCUCUGCCAGACUGGGUUUGAAGGUGCUGGCACGCGCCUCCAGGCGGAGCGUAGACUGGACGAGCACCAGCACCUCUCAGACUCCCACCACGACUACAGACCCAGAUGUCCACUCAUCAGCUCAGAGCACCCCUACAGAGCUCAGUGAUGCCUUUGCAACAAUGGCAGAGUUCAUGGCGCACACGACAUAUCAGUGCAAGAGGUUUUAUGACUCGGGCUGCUGCUCGGAGCCCAGUGACUUUGAAAAGAGCCACAUGUUCAGGUUCCACACUCGACUCGGAGCUGAGACGGCACAUCCAGCACUGCCACCCAAGACACACCACCAUGUGGAGGCAGCGGAUGAAGACUUUUACAUUGAGGUUUCACCUGGAACGUACUCCGUCACAGCCAGCCUGUCUGAGUCUCAGCGGCAGACCCAGCUGGUCAACGUGAAAGCCGGAGAGAGCGUCAACCUCACCUUUAACCUCUGACCCUAUCCCUAAUAACAUCCGUCAUGCAGUGUGUUUGUGUGUCUUGCUUGCUUGCUUUUAUGCUUUUUUUUUUUUCCUCUUCAAAUGAGGAGUUUACUGCAAAGUAUUAUUUUGGUACAUAUUGAGAAGCCAUAUUUUUAUUGCAUUUUAAUGUUUUUUUUAUUAGAUUGUGUGUCAACAUUUGGCCAAAAACAUCAUGUAAAGCACUUAAGAUUUUUUUAUCUGCACCUAUACGCCAUCAGCACAUUAAUAAAGUUGGUUUUCAUAUACAAAAGAGUCUUC